AUGUCGUCCUCGAACAAGUCUCGACAGCCUCGUCUUAGGGCGUCUUGUGAUGGAUGCUUCUUGGCCAAGGUCAAGUGCUCCAAGGCCAGGCCUAUUUGUUCUCGCUGUCUUGCUUGCGGGAUCGAGUGCCGAUAUUCGCCUUCUAGUCGAUCUGGGAAGCCCAAGGCAGAGAAUUGUGGGAGCUCCCUCAACGCUCACAGCCAGGAUAUCCACGAACUUCAGCACUUAGUAGAGGACAAGAAUAUGGGUUUCGCGGCAUCCAUUCCUGCUCCUGAGCACUUGUUCAGGAUCAAUACGGGUUGGGCAACGCCCCCCAAUAGCACCGACGGCGUAAUGAGUCGAAAUUCUUCGAUCUCGGCCGGUUUAAGUAUGAUGGGGGUUGAGGACAGUCCUAUGCAUAAUGGCAGCCCCAUGUCAGCACCGCCAGAGACAUAUGCAAACACGAUUCCGUGGACACCUCCUGCAGACUUCACUUGUGCACCUUUCCCUGAAUCAGUGCAGAGCCUUUCAGGUCCUCAUGUACGGUCACACUCAAUCGAUAUGUCUAUGCCAUUGCCAAUGGCUUGGUCGGACCCAAAUGUGCCCGAGAAUACCGUAUAUUCGCAGAUGCAAACACCCACAAGCUUGACUUCAAACUAUUUUCCUAGUCCUUCUACGACACCGACCAUGCGACCAAACCACAACCGACACAAGUCAUCGCCCCCUAUUAUUACUGGGAGUGGUGGCUCCUGUACGUGCUUCACUCUCUGCUUACAAUCUUUGCAAGCUUUGCACAACGCAUCCGCACCCGCCACUCCUCCGUUCGACCUGGUCCUGAAUCUGAACCGAAAGGCUGUUGAGGGCUGUGCCACUAUGCUUGCAUGUCCUAAGUGUAUGAGUAGAUCAGGGACCCACACUGCGGCAAUGCUCUUAGCAACAGUCAUGGGCAAGAUCACAUCAUUCUAUCAGACCGCUUCUCACACACACUUUGAGAAUGGUGUUAUGGGCAUGACCGCCACAAAUCUCAAUGGUCCUUUCGGAGUCAGCCUUGGUGCUUACCAGCUCAAUGGUGAGGACGGAAGGUGGCUGGAGCUCGAGAUACUUGCUAGAGAGCUACGAAAACUUGAAGAGCUUUAUGCAAGGUUUCGUGAGGUCUGCGGGGAAUUGUCUGACGAUCCUGAGGUCAGCAGAGCAAUGAUAGGCUACCUUGGACAUAACCUGGGAUCGACAUUGGAAGUACUGAGCCAUAGGAAGGGCGGAGUCUCUUUUGCCUGA